CUCACGCGCACCUUCACCUUCCGCAACUCCAAGCAGACAUACACAGGAAUUCCCAUUAUAGUGGCAAACAUGGACACUGUGGGGACAUUUGAAAUGGCCGUGGUUAUGGCAAAACAUGCAAUGUUCACUGCAAUUCACAAGCAUUAUUCUCUGGAAGAAUGGAAACUGUUUGCUGCCAAUCACCCAGAAUGCCUUGAGCAUGUGGCAGCAAGCUCAGGUAGUGGAAAAGCUGAUUUGGACAAGUUAACAAGUAUUCUAGAGGCCAUUCCACCUAUCAGAUACAUCUGCCUGGAUGUGGCAAAUGGCUAUUCAGAGCACUUUGUGGAGUUUGUGAAGUCUGUCCGUGCCCUGUUCCCACAUCACACCAUUAUGGCAGGCAAUGUGGUGACAGGAGAGAUGGUAGAAGAACUUAUUCUUUCCGGAGCAGAUAUUAUUAAAGUGGGUAUCGGACCAGGUUCUGUGUGUACCACUCGGAUUAAGACGGGGGUGGGCUAUCCACAGCUAAGUGCUGUUAUUGAGUGUGCAGACUCAGCACAUGGCUUGAAAGGACAUAUCAUCUCUGACGGAGGAUGCAGCUGCCCAGGAGAUGUCGCCAAAGCAUUUGGAGCCGGUGCUGAUUUUGUCAUGCUUGGAGGAAUGUUUGCAGGCCAUGACCAGUGUGCUGGAGAGAUUAUGGAAAAGAAUGGCAAGAAGGUGAAACUCUUCUAUGGAAUGAGCUCUGAUACAGCCAUGAAGAAGCAUGCAGGAGGGGUUGCUGAAUACAGGGCGUCGGAGGGCAGAACUGUGGAGGUACCGUACAGAGGGGAUGUGGAGCUCACCAUCCUGGACAUCCUCGGGGGGCUGCGCUCCACCUGCACCUACGUGGGAGCUGCCAAACUCAAGGAACUGAGCAGGAGAACAACAUUUAUCCGGGUCACCCAGCAGCACAGCCAGGUCUUCUCUUAGCCCAGGACUGGGGGGCUGGAGAGAGAGGGGUGGGGGAGAGGAGCAGGAAGGGCUGCUGGUUUGUUUUGCUUUCUCCUCCAUGUUGUGUUAGUGGCAACCGCUCCUCUCUCUCAGAAUGGCGGUGUCAUAGCCAUUGGAGGGGCUGUGGCUGGGAUUUGGAAGGGGAAGGUCGUGCUAUUAACACAGCACCAUCGGUUCAAAUUGCAAUGGCCUCAUCUUUUAUUGUUGUGCCUAUUUUAUUUUUUAAUCAACGUUUCUUCACCUGUUUUUUUUCCCUCUCUGACAAAUAGCUGCUGAAACCUCAAUUACCAAGGAAUUGGCUUGUACAGACAUGGCCGUUACACCUGCAUACACACACACAUUCCCUUUUUUAAGACUGACCUGUCAACUACCACUGCUUCUGACAGUGCACCCUCCAGAAACUGCAGGCUGGGAGAGAAAAAGAUGCAAGGAAUUGUGUGGAGAAAUCAAAAAAUCAAAUUCUCUUAAUCUUUGUUCUGGCAAAGGAAUGGAUGUUUGUGGCACGGCUGCCAGCCUGCAGAAUGUCAGAGGUGGACGGUGGAUGAGGCCUGCCUAUUGGUGACUUCUUACUGUGAUGCUAAAAAUGCCAGAUCUCUUUCAGUUCCCAGGGCUGGUACUGCCGUUCUUGCUUAAAUCUCCCUAUUCGAUGGACUUGCCUCUUCAGAGAAGCUGGUAUUGAACAUAGCAAACCCAUGCUGUCCCCCCUCCCCCCAUCUGUGGAGACAGUUCAGGAGACAGUGUCUCAGAGCUUGCCUGCUUUUUCGUGCAUGCAGUUAUUGAAUUACCUGGGUUCCUGCUUUUACCUGCUCGCUGUGAACAGAUUUUUAAGACAUUGAACCUCAGCAACAGUAACCCCACCAAGGGGAGGUUUCUCUGCAGCCCUCCCUGUUCCCUUGCCUGUUCAUAGCCAUUUAGCAAAGACAUAAAAAUGCUGUGAUGUGCUUUCUCUGUGGCCAGGUGAAUGAGGCCAGAGGGAUCAAAUUCGCUUUGGUCAUUUGGUACCACUCCUCUGCAGUCCUUGACGCCAUGAAAAGCAAAAGAGAGCUUUCAGCAGAAUAGCCUGAUUGCGAGACACUGGUAGGCUAAGAUGGAGUUAAAGCAUUUGCUCUAAAGGCAGUAAUGAAUGUUUAAGACUCUGGGUAACACUUUAAUAAAGUGUAAUGGCCCACUAA